AUGGACGCAACUGCGACUACCACGCAGGUCCAACCGCGCAGCGACCGCUCCACCAACACUCAUCUGUCGGACAACAACCACAGUUCUCUGAAGGCCGCAGAGGGAAAGGUUCACUCGAUGGAGUACCACCGCCAGGCGCUGCAGGAGAAGCUGAAAAACGGGGAAAAGUCCCAAACAACCUACGUCUCGCCGUCUGAUGAUAUUAUGAGCCCGUGCACGAAGAAGCUGAGCGAUCUCAAGGGGAAGCGAUUCAAGAACGCCGGAAAACCACCGUCCCUUUUCGCCAAACUGGGCAAGAAGAGCUUCGAGCAGUCCUCCGCCUCUGCAUCGCCGACGGAACAAGCGUAA